AUGAAGGAGGAGCCGGCUCGAGAGCUUAGCUCUUUCAAUGGCCAUCAGGCCAAAGUUGAUUUCAAAUCCGCGACAAGCGAGCUCUCGCAAGAUCGGGAUCGCGAUGAACUUCUUCGAUUAGGGAAGAAGCAGGUUCUAAGGCGAAACUUUGCGUUUAUGUCCAUUCUCGGCUUCAGUUGCACUGUACUUAUCACCUGGGAAGGCGCUCUGAUUUUGUUCGUCACCGGCCUGCAGAAUGGCGGAUAUGCUGGUUUGAUAUAUGGCUAUAUCUUCGUGUGGAUCGGCAACUUUGCGGUUUUCGCUUCUCUCUCGGAAUUGGUUUCGAUGGCUCCAACAUCUGGCGGCCAAUAUCACUGGGUUGCUAUGCUUGCGCCGCCACGAUGGAGUAAAUUCCUUAGCUAUAUGACAGGAUGGGUCACGGUUCUUGGAUGGCUGGCUUCCAUUGCCUCCACUUGCUCCCUUACAAGUGGUCUCCUACAGGGCCUGAUUGCGUUGACUCAACCAAACUAUGCACCCGCAAACUGGCACGGAACACUUCUAUUCUGGGCGGUGCUUGUUUUCAUUGUGUUUAUCAACACAGUCGUCAGCAAACUUCUACCCAAAAUUGAAGGAUUCAUCCUUAUCCUCCACAUCUUGGGAUACUUUGCUGUUCUUAUCCCCCUGGUCAAGCUGUCGUCGAAAGUGGACCCAGAGUUGGUUUUCAAAACUUUCAAUAACGAGGGCAAUUGGUCAAGUCAAGGCUUGUCUUUUCUGGUCGGCCUGACUGGAAAUGCGUUUGCUUUCCUUGGACUUGAUGGUGCUUACCAUAUGUCCGAAGAAAUCCAACGUCCUUCUGUCAUCGUUCCGCGAUCCAUCAUGCUUACCCUAGUCAUCAACGGCUGCCUGGGUUUCUCUAUGAUUAUUGCAGUCCUAUUCUGCACUUCGGAUCUCGGAGCUGCUCUUGAUUCACCCACAGGCUUUCCGUUCAUGGAAAUCUUCAGACAAGCCACGCGCAACACCGGAGGAGCCGCUGCAAUGGCUAGUAUCAUUUUUGUCCUUGCAAUGUGCGCCAAUGUUGGGUUCCUUGCUUCCGCAUCAAGAAUGUUAUGGUCAUUCGCUCGUGACCGUGGUGUUCCUGGUUGGCGAAUUCUCUCGCGGGUUGAAAAACGAACAAUGGUUCCGGUGUGGUCAAUUGCGACCAUUACUUUUAUCUCCGUCCUUUUAUCUCUCAUCUCCAUAGGCUCUCUCACAGCCUUCAACAUUGUCGUGUCCCUGACUGUCGCCGCUCUCUAUAUAAGCUACCUCCUUGCGAUUGCGUUGCUUCUUUAUCGCCGCCUCGCCGGAGGCAUUUCAUACGCCUCCGACUCCUCCAACAUGCUGGCAAAUACAGCUGGUUCUCGUCUAGUUUGGGGCCCCUGGCGCUUUGGCAAAUUUGGCCCCUUUAUCAAUGUCUUUGCCUGCUGCUACCUUCUCGUGAUUCUUGUUUUCAGUUUCUUCCCAGCCGCUACCCCGGUGGAGAAUGCUAUCGACAUGAACUAUAGCAGUGUUUUGAUUGUGGGCGUCAUGCUAUUUAGCUUGGUGUACUAUUUUGCGUAUGCUCGGAGAACAUAUGAGGGACCCCUUGUGGAGGUCGAAGCCUCAUGA